AUGGAGCCAGGUACCAUGGCUCGGGCCGGAGGGCGGGAAAUCAAGCCGGAUAUCUGGAGACGGGUACUGUGGUUCCUGCAGAGGGAGGUGCCGGCGCCGCUGUCCAAACCGGAGAGGCGGGCGAUCAGGCAGGGUGAUCUCGCCGCUGCUCUCAAAGUCUGCACCGUGCUGUAUAAUCUCGCUAUCCCCCUCCUCUACACCUCGGUGGUGUGCGACGAUCUCAACGCCCUUCUUUACGUCCACCCUACCUCGAACUCAUCCCCCCGUCUCGCUGGCAAGACCUCCCACCUCGCCCUCGUCAAGCGUCUGUACCUCGAGUACAACGACAAGUCCACCGCGGAUGACUUGUCGGAAGCCUAUCAAACGGAGCUGUCCGACGUCCAUCGAGCGUUCCACAACCCCCUCUUCGCUGCGCCGCACGGUACGUUUCCCCAUCUACAAAAUCUCGCCAUGGGGUCGAUAUACGGAGCGCCUCCCAGGACGACUUGGUACGCGCUCUGUCGGCCUUUUCUUAACAAUCGUGUUCGCAAUGAGCUGGCGCAACCUAUACCCCGGCUUCUCCUCUCGCCUGAUCUCCAACACGUUUGCCAGCGGAGCGGCGGACUACUUUUCAACUUCCCUGACGUUCUCACCUAUCCCUCUCCCGCCCUCUCAUCGGCGGUUCUGACCACUCAUAUCAAGCCUGGGGAACGGGACUGGUCCAUCCCACUCGGCGUCCCUUGCCGAUGGGUCCUAGAGGCGGGACCUCAUCGCACUUUCAAAGCGGUUCGCGCAGGCGUCGAAUCGGUGCUCAGUACCGUUGGGUCGUAUCGCCACUCGAAGUACUCGCGCGCGGACGUAACGGAUCGGCGGUUCCUCCUCAACAUCUACGCGCCUGGGCUGAAACCGCCCAGUAACGUCGAUAUCGGAUGGGGAGCUGACCCACUUCCCCCGGGAUGGAGGUACGAGGGCGACUCGGCUAUCUUCCUGCCUGAUCUGGAGGAGAAGGAUCUAGAGGAGGAGGUGAAAAAGAUGAAGGACAUGAUGUGGAGUCGCGUGAAAGGGGAUGAGAUCAGGUGGUUGGGGGGUGCGCAGGCGGGAAGGUGUGGCGCGUGUGAGGAUUAG